AUGUCCGAAUCAAGUUGUUUUAGUUAUGGUGAUAAUGGAACAUUUUCACCAACUAUGGAUGCAACAAAUCAAAUACAAAAUGGAAUGCAACAUACAAGUGGGAAUUCAAAUUAUUCAAGUGGUUCAGGUGGAGAUUCUCCGAACUCUUUAAGUCCUGUGGCAGUGUCAUCCGGUGGUCCAUUUAGCGGUAUUGGUGGUAAUUCAAAUUCAUCAGCAAGUUCAACACCAACAGCAACAACAAGUGGUGCUGCUGCUGCUUCUCGUUAUGCUUGUGUUAUUUGUGGUGAUAAAGCAUCGGGAAAACAUUAUGGUGUUCAUAGUUGUGAAGGAUGUAAAGGUUUUUUUAAACGUACUGUACGCAAAGAUUUAACGUAUACAUGUCGAGAUAAUCGAGAUUGUAUUAUUGAUAAACGACAACGUAACCGGUGUCAAUAUUGUCGUUAUCAAAAAUGUCUUAAUGUUGGUAUGAAAAAAGAAGCUGUACAAGAAGAACGACAAAAAUCUGGUAUGGGUGGUGAAGGUGAAUCUCCAUCAUCACCUAUUGCUAGUACUGGUAGUAAUAGUAAUCAUAUGAAUACAAAUACAAGUGUAAUCGGUGAUGAAGAAGCUUUAAUUGAAAAAUUAAUUGCUGCUGAAUUAUCUGUUGAACAAAAAAUUGAUUCAUAUCAUGAAGAAGAAUGUUCAUAUGAUCGUCUUGUAUCAACAAGUCAUUCUCAAAUAUCACAUUUAAUUGAAUGGGCUAAACGUGUACCAUUUUUUACUAGUUUAUCAAUUGAUGAUCAAAUUGCACUUGUACGAGCAUCAUGGAGAGAUAUUUUAUGUUGUUCAUUGGCUUAUGGAUCAGUUAUGGCACCUGAUUGUGGUUUAAUUUUAUCUGAUGGUUCAUAUGUUCGACCACAUACAGCUGUCGAUCAAUCUCUUCAAUUUUUUAUUACUCGUCUAUAUCAUGAUGUUGUGACAAUAUUACGUGAAUUAAAUGUUGACAAAGUUGAAAUAACAUGUCUUAAGGCUAUUUUUCUUUAUGAUCCUGAUGCGAAAGAUGUUGUUGAUACAAGUCGUGUAUCUGAAUUACGUGAAAAAGUUUGUAUGUCAUUAGCAACUUAUUGCAAAAAAUUUCAUGGUGAUGAUGUUGCUCGUUUUGCUAAAUUACUUCUUCGUAUGCCACCUAUUCGUGGUUGGUGUAUAAAAGGUAUUGAAAAUUUAUUUUUUGCCGGUGCCGCUCAAUCAACUGAUGCUGAGCUUGUACGUAUGAUUCGAAAUCAUUAA